UCAACAAGUAUCUGGUAUUAAAAAAUACAGCUCUUCCUCUUUAAACUAAAUACGAGUACACGUGCGGCUAAAAUUGUUUGUUGAUUUAAAUUUGUAAGCCGAAUUAAUCCUUAUAAAAUGGGCAAGAAGGACAAGAACAAGAAGAAGGGCAAAGGAGCCGAGAAGACGGCCAUGAAAACGGACAAAAAGCAGGCAGCACGGCAAAAGAAAAUGCUGGAAAAGCUGGGAGAAGCAAAUAUAGCUGAUAUAAUCCAGUUGUUAGAGGCCAAGGAGGGAAAAAUAGAGACCAUUAGUGAAUCUGUUUGCUUGCCGCCAUCUCCCCGCUCUAAUUUCACCCUAGUUUCCCAUCCGGAGAAGGAGGAACUCAUCAUGUUUGGUGGAGAACUUUAUACGGGAACAAAGACCUCAGUUUACAACGAUUUGUACUUUUAUAAUAUUAAAACUGGCGAGUGGAGGGAGCUGAAAUCGCCUUCAGGACCCACGCCCAGAAGUGGACACCAAAUGGUGGCUGUGGCUAGUAAUGGAGGAGAACUUUGGAUGUUUGGAGGAGAGCAUGCCAGUCCUUCUCAGCUGCAGUUCCACCACUACAAGGAUUUAUGGAAGUUUUCAUUGAAAUCCCGCAAAUGGGAAAAAGUAUCUGCGCCCAAUGGACCAAGUCCUAGGAGUGGUCAUCGAAUGACCGUCUCUAAGAAGCGUUUGUUUAUCUUUGGCGGCUUCCAUGAUAACAACCAGUCGUAUCAUUACUUUAACGAUCUUCACAUCUUCUCGCUGGAGUCUUAUCAAUGGCUAAAAACCGAGAUCGGAGGAACUAUUGUACCAUCCCCUCGAUCUGGCUGCUGUAUAGCCGCUUCUCCGGAAGGCAAAAUCUAUGUUUGGGGAGGUUACUCAAGGGCCUCUAUGAAAAAGGAAGCGGAUCGUGGAGUAACUCACACGGAUAUGUUCGUUUUGAGUCAAGACAAAAACGCUGGCGAUGCUGAUAACAAGUACAAGUGGGCACCCGUGAAGGCCGGAGGAUAUAAGCCCAAGCCCCGGAGCAGUGUUGGCUGCACUGUGGCUGCCAAUGGCAAGGCCUAUACCUUCGGCGGUGUUAUGGACGUCGAUGAGGACGACGAAGAUGUCCAUGGACAGUUUGGCGAUGAUCUUUUGGCCUUCGAUUUGACCUCUCAAACGUGGAGAUUGCAGGAGAUCCAGGCGAAAACCAGUCCCGCUGAGAAAAAGGAAACGGACGAGAGCAAGGAUGUUGAAAUGUCCGCUCCAGAUAAGCCCGUGACCACCACAACAGAUGGGAUUUUUACGGUCACCGUUGGAGGACCAAGUACGAGUACUCCAUAUGUGUCCAACAUACCCAGCCUUUUCCCCAAAGCCAAACCAUCGAAUGUACCCUCUCCGCGCAUGAAUCCCGGACUCUGCGUUUGCAAGGGAACACUUUAUAUCUUUGGUGGCAUCUUUGAGGAGGACGCCAAGCAGUUGACCUACAACGAUUUCUACUCCCUGGAUUUGCACAAACUGGAGUGGAAGGUUAUAAUACCCAAUAACUUGAAGGCUCACGUCUGGGAGGAUAGCGAUAGCAGUAGUUCCGACGAGGAAUGCAGCAGUAACGAUGAGGACAGCUUCGACGACUCGGAUAUGGAUACAGAUUAGUCUAACUUCAAAUGACUAUAUAUUAAAUUUGGUUAACAAUCGUA